GAGAGAGAGAGAGAGAGAGAGGGGGGAAAAACAUGCUGUGAAGGAGGCAGGGGAAAAACAGAGCGAGGAGAGAUAGACAGAGAGGAGAGAGACAGGAGAGGAGGAGAGAUGAUCCUUAUUCUUCUCUGCCUCUCAGUCUAGCCUGUGGCAUCCAUCCUUCUGCAUCCCUGCAUCCCUCCAUCCCUCCACAGUCCUCCAUCCCAGGGAUCGUAAAGCAGCCAUGGUGUGUGUCAUGAGGAAAUGUUCCGGCUCUGAGAUCCUCCUCUCCUCCGGCAAUGUCGGACAUUCCUCCAAACCAGCAGUGAAUUGCAAAAGACUUGAAUGGGGAAACCAGAAGAGUGACUGCAUCCCAGAGGAACUACACGACCCAGAAUUCAACUCUGCUCUGACACUGUUCAAAGGAACAAACUUUGUACCACUUUCUCUGCCUUUAGCCUAAAACUUACAGCCAUAAAUAUCCAGAGUGCUAAAAAGUUAAAGGAUAUUCCAAAGUGAUUUGGUUUCCAUUAAUUCACCAUGACAAGGACUUUGUGCCCUCGGAAGUGUCUAAAGUAAAAAUUAGCAUGUAAAAGAAAAGCAGGAGAAAUUUGAUUCACUUUCUGCUGCAAUUCUUCUCAUUCUUCUCAUUCCUCAUGGUCAAAGAACCGAUGCUGUCACGAAGGAGGAUUAAUGUGGCUCCAAAACCGAUGGAUGUGGAAGCCAUUAAGCGCUCCAAUUAACUAAGUGGUCCAAAAGAGAAACGUGAGCAAGGCCUCUCUGUCAUUAAACAAAAAAAAGUGGCCUAAAGUUUUCCGCUCAGAUCCCGUCCGGUUAGCGUGGGCGGGUGUGGGCUGCGCCGCAAUUUGGGGUUAGGAGUGCGAUGCGGAUUGGAGGAUGUCGGGGGAUUGGGAAGAAGACGUGUGCAAGAAGGCGCUGGUGCUGGUGGAGGAGCUGUGCUUCCGCUCGGGAGGAUACAGCCAUAGCGCCAGAUGCCAGGAGUUCAGCGACAUGAUGAGGGGACCCAACAGACAUAUUGACACAGAGAUCUCUGUCAGCCUCCUCUCUGUCAUCGUGACGUUCUGCGGCAUCGUGCUGCUUUCCGUCUCGCUCUUCGUCUCCUGGAAGCUCUGCUGGUUGCCAUGGAGAGACAAAGAGGGUGGUGGCCUGAGCCUGACAGCCGGGCUCCUCCCUGGAGGGGCGGGGCUUCACGGGGUCGCCGGAGGCUCCUCCCUCCUUCCCCCUUUAUUGCAGAGGAAAGACACGCACUCCUCGUCCUCUCUUUAUCCGUCUCUGGCCCAGGCCGGCCAACACCACCCGCACUUCUCUGACCUGAUGGGGGUGGAGGGAGGAGGGGCCAUGAUGGUGGGCGGGGUCAUGGGCGGGCCUCAGGAAAUGCAGGAGCACUCCUACCUGGACAUGGACUCCUACCCCAACAACGCAGGGAAUAUUAAACUGAGCCAGACGUCUCCUGAACUGCCGCCACCUGACGGAGGAUCUGCUGCUAAAGAUCUGGCCAACGCCCACUCGCAGCCGGUCACCCCCAGGCCCAAGCCCAUGACUCAUCAGCUCUCUAGUCCUGAUUUCCACGGAGAGGAGAAGAGCGAGCAGGUGACCAGCAUUGGGCAGAUCAAGCCGGAGCUGUACCGGCCGCGGCAGGGCGAGCAGGGCGAGGGCAAGGAGGGCGACACGUGCGGAAAGAUCAGCUUCCUGCUCCGCUACGCCUUCAACACGGAGCAGCUGGUGGUGAAGAUCCUUAAAGCUCUGGACCUGCCGGCCAAAGACGCCAACGGCUUCUCAGACCCGUACGUGAAGAUCUACCUGCUGCCUGACAGGAAGAAGAAGUUUCAGACCAAGGUGCACAGGAAGACCCUGAACCCGGUGUUUAAUGAGACGUUCCAGUUCGGCGUGCCGUUGGCCGAGCUUCACUCUCGCAAGCUGCACUUCUCCAUCUAUGACUUCGACCGUUUCUCCAGACACGACCUGAUUGGUCAGGUGGUGGUGGACAACCUGCUGGACUUCAGCGAGGGCAGCGGGGACAAACCCAUCUGGAGGGACAUUGUGGAAGGAACAGCGGAGAAAGCUGACCUCGGGGAGUUGAACUUCUCACUGUGUUACUUGCCGACAGCCGGCCGACUAACCGUCACCAUCAUCAAGGCCACCAACCUCAAAGCCAUGGACCUGACUGGCUUCUCAGACCCGUAUGUGAAGGCGUCUCUGGUGUGUGAUGGACGCAGGUUGAAGAAGAGGAAGACGUCCAUUAAGAAGAACACGCUGAACCCCACCUAUAACGAGGCUCUGGUGUUCGACAUCCCUAACGAGAACAUCGAGAGCGUCUCGCUCAUCAUCGCUGUCAUGGACUACGACUGUAUCGGCCAUAACGAGGUGAUUGGGAUGUGCCGUGUAGGCAGCGAUGCUGAAGGCCCUGGCAGAGAGCACUGGACGGCCAUGUUGGCGAACCCCCGGAAACCCAUCGAGCACUGGCACCAGCUGGUGGAGGAAAAAUCCAUUAACACGUACGUGUCGAAGAACGCUACAGCCUCGCCAAAACCACACAUCGUGGUGGACAGUCCUCACUCCGACUAAACACGUCUGCAUUGCCAUUGCUCCAGACGUCCAUCUUUUCCUCUCAUCUGUGAAUAAAUCUCUCCAUCAAGCAAAAGAAGCGGAAAACAGACACUGCAAAAAACCCGACACAACACACACACACUGAGUAGUCUAUAGACCCACCCCACACACACACACACACACACACACACACACACAUACACGAGCAGGUACACACACCUCGGCGGAAGGCGUGGUGCAGCAGGUGUGACAUUACACACACAUGUUGGUUUAUUCAGGGGAAAAAAACACGAUGCACAUUCCCAAAUCUAAAGAUCUGAAAAUCUACAAAGUAUGUUUAUUUAGUUAUUUAAAACUGAGCCUGAGUGGAAAAAACAGAUUUUUAAAAGAAGUCGUAGAUGUAAUUUCACUAUGGACCAUUAGGGUGUGUGUGUGUGUGUGUGUGUGUGUUUAGGAAAAAAAAGGCUGUAGUAAAUCACUAGAGUCAGUUUUCACAGGGACGGAAAAAAAAAAAAUCUCUCGAGAGGAGGACUACUUUAGUCUCGCAUCAGGAGGACGGAAAACGAGGACGGACCCGUCGGCUGAAAGCAUGCUGCGCAUCCUCCAAAUACGUCCUCCUCUCAUGCUCCGAGAAUGACAACAAGCUUUUUAUUUUUCUAUCCAUCCAGCCAUCCAUCCAACUGUUUUGUUGAUCCAUGUAUCUUUUUGUAGAACAGACUGUGCUUGGAGUGAUGAUGGGACAACUUUGAAGGGAAAAAAAAACAACAAAACAAAAAAAACAAACAGGCAGCGAAACUUUCUGGAGGAACUAAUGAUUCAAACGAUAAAACGGAGGACCCUAAACGGGGACGGAGCGCACUUUAGCGAUGGACAAGCACCCUUUUUUGGGAGAAAAGGAAUUCUGCCAUAGUGUUUUAUUUUUGUACCAUUCCUUCAUUUUUGACACGCUUGCAUUUCCUCGGAGAGACGCACGCAUCCGUGAUCCUUUUACGUACGUGUUCGUUGGGGUGUUUUACUUCUUGGAGUUCGUUUUUUGCUUGCGUGUACGCCUGUGCGUCUGUUCUGUCCGUCACCGUGCUCCUGUGUAUGACAUGUUCUGGCGCCUGACCUCUAUCCUCUAAUCCUCUAACCCUAGAACGUCUGUCUGACCCUGUAGCCCCGCCCACUGGCACUAGCUCCUCCCACAGCAGCUCUUGUUAAAGCGAAAUGUGUCUUCUGUCCUGUGUCUUAGAAGAUCGGUUUCUUUGUGCUCUCUGUGUCUGAAGCCGGCGGCUACGAGGAAGGAGGAAGAAAAAAAAUGUCAGUUAUAUAUUUUUUUUUUUUAAAUUAUCAUUAUUUUUAUUUUUGCCUGAGUGUGCUGUUUUGUUUGUGGACAUUGUUUACAUUGUUUAAGUAGAGCUGGGCGAUAAAACCAAAUUGUCCCUGAAAGCAUUUCGUUAAUUUUAUUAUAUAUGUCAUUUAUUAAAAACAAAAAAGAACAAUUUUCUACAGUUUCGUUUCAGCUGCUUUGCCAACAGCCAAUCAGAACAAAGGUGCAGCAACCAAUGAAAACAGAGAGGAGGCGGGAUUUUAUAUCAUACUGCUUAUCAUAUCAUUAAUAAACAAAUCUUCUCUAGUGCUGUUCUUAGAAAAGAAUUAUCUAUCUAUCUAUCUAUCUAUCUAUCUAUCUAUCUAUCUUUUCAUGCAAUUUCUCCUUUCCCUCUUUAUUUCUCCUUCAUCUCUCUUUGUCUUUCCCUCACUCUCUUCUUUCUCUCCCUUUAUCUCUUCUAUUAUUCUAUCCCUCCUGCCCUCUCCCUCUUUUAUUCCACUCUUUUCUUUCUCCUUUUACUUCUCACUCUCUUUGUAUUUACCCAGUUCUAUCUGUCUAUCUCGUCCCCUUUCUUCCUCUUUUUCACCAUCCAUCUUUCCUUGCCUCAUCUUCCCUCUCUCUCUCUUUCUAUCGCUUUCAUUAUCUUUCACUCCCUCUUGCUCAUCCACUUUCGAUCAUUUUAUCUCCUUUCUCUCUUUAUUCCUUUCUGCUUAUUUCUUCUGUUUUCUCAUUUUCUAUUUGUAUUUAUCCGUCUCCCUCUUUCUCUCUCCUCUUCCCCCUUUGGUCCUCCUUUACUUCAUCUCUCUCUUUUUUAUUCUCUGUCACUCUCAGUCCAUCUACCCUUCCCUUCAUUUAUCAUCGCUUAUAUAGCUUAAAUAAAUAAAUCUCGUCUCUCAGUGUUCUAAGAAAUAAACUGACCCGUGUGUUAAUAAACAAAUCUUUCCUAAUUAUCGUCACAUAAUCAUUAAUUGCAAUUAUAUGUUUUUUUUUUCAUGUCGUCCAGCUCUAUUCUUUCCAAACAUGAGACAGAGACUGAUGGGGACUUUCUUCAUUUCUUCAUCUUCAUCUCUCUUCGUCAUACUACUACAUCGCUGCACACCAUCACUCACAUCAGUUCAGGACAAUUACAGAUACGUUAACCAGCAAACCUGAUCGAUGUCAAAUGUUGCUAAUGAACAGUGGAAGUUUAUAAAGCUUUAGAAAUGCACCCUAGCUUUUGCAACUAAACGUAGAUUCUAUAUUUCUCUAUAGACUCUAUAUAUAAAUGUAUACAGAUAUUUCUGAAAACAUCAAUUUUGUCCCUCUAUUUUCAAAAAUAUCUCGUAUGACGCUAACAUGCACAUGACAGCCCAGUAGGUUGCAGUAAUGCGUCAUAAAGUAUUAGACCAAGUGCAGAAGGUACAGGCUCUUUAUUAGUACCUAGAAUAAUGAAGACUAAAGCAAGGGGCAGCGCUUUUUGAGCGUUGUAUUCAGGAGCAGUACAGCGCCGAUCAUAUUCUGUCUUCUUCAACAAGGGUGUAAAAAUAAAACAAAGUGAAAUUAAACUGCAAAAUAAGAAAUUACAGACCACAAAUUAGCAGCCUGGUCAGUUAUAACCAGCACAUUUAAUACAUAUGCAAUGGGCUUGCGCAGGUUCACACUGUGACAUCAGCAUUUUCGAAUAAUAUACUUUUAAUCCCAGCCAUGCAAAACCAAUGAAAAAGUAUGUAGGUUAUUUUCAAGAAAGUUUAGUUUUUAGUGACCCAAAAUGCUGUUUUCAAAAAUAUGCGUAUAAAUAUUAUAAUAAAUAUCAGUAGGUGGGUGGGGCCUUACUGGUAUUAAAUUAAGGUCCACACAAACAUUUGUAGAUUGCGAGUUUGGGCCUGCUAACCUGUCUGAGUCGAUCGCUAGCAAGCACUAAAUCACCAACUAUAAAUGGUUAUGGUGUCUAAUCUAGCUGCCUGUCUGACUGUCUGACUGACUGUCUGACUGACUGCAGGCCUCUUUUUUAAAAUAAAUUAUCCAUAGUAUAGCGCAAAAUCAUGGACUGUCACAAAAGUGUAAUUAGUUGGGGAAAAAAUAGCGUGACUCGACCUUUAGACUACUGUAUCAGUACAAACAAGGGUUAAAACGUCAUCUGUUUCUCUCUGGGCCCAUACACUCACACACACACACACACACACACACACACACACGCACCAACGUGGGUUCAAUCCUCUAAAGCAAAGGACAUUCUGUCAUUUCCUGUCUUUGUUUCUGUUCUGUUUGCUGUUCUGUUUGCUUUCUCGCUCUUUUUUCCUUCUCUCUAUCCCUCCUUCUCUGGCUGUGUUCCAAAUGCAGGUUUAAUAUCUUAUUGGAAUUCAUGCUAGCAAGUUGUGAUCAUCGUUCAAACUUUAGACGUCCUUAAAGGAGAGUCGCUAGGACAGAGGACACCAGGGAUUAUUGCUAGCAUGUGUGGUUGCUAGCUAAAAGCACGCAGGCUAAUGGGGCAUUUAAUAAUAAUAAUAAUAAUAAUAAUAAUAAUAAUAAAAAACAAAUCUACAAGAUCUGUUUCCACAUGGAUCUGUUCCUCACUCUCUUUUAUUUACUCUUUUUUUCUGUCAUGCUUUGUAUCUUUUUCUCCAAGCAAAGGAAUCUCUCUCUCUCUCUCUCUCUCUCUCAUCUCCUUCUCUCUUAUUCUCUGUCUCUCCUAUCUGUCUCACUUUUUCUAUCUCUCUUGUUUAAUCUUAAUGUUAAUCUUAAUUUUCACCCUGUCUCCCCCUCAUACUAUCUUGUUUUCUUCUCUCUCUCUCUCUCUCUUUCUCUCUGUCUCUCACAUCUGUUUUUCCUUUUCUUUCAUUUCACCUAUUUCUGUCUCUUGUUCCAUCUUUGUCUAUUUCUCUCUUUCUCUCUCAUUUUGUCUGUCUUUUUAAUGCCAUCACUCUCAUUCUGUCUCUUGCUCUCUCAUUCUAUCUCAUUUUCUUUUAUUCUCUUUCUCUCUCUCUCUCUAUUUUUCCUCUCUUUCUUUCUCUCUCUUUGUUAUACAUAUCUAUCUAUCUAUCUAUCUAUCUCACGCUCUCAUUCCAACUCUCUGUUUCUCUUUCUAUCUGUCUCUUUAUUUUUCUCCAUUUCUGUCAUUCUCUCUCUCUCUCUCUCUCUCUCUCUCUCUGAUACAUUGCAGUUAUUAAGCUUCUCUCCAUUCUGACCUCACCUCACUCCUGAGCUGAACAUCAUUCCCCGUCCUGCUCUGGCCCCGUCUCGUCUCCGUCUCAUCCCCGUCUCGGUCUCGUCUCGUCUGUCUCGGUGUCGGUGCAGUUCUGGGUGACCUC